UUUUACUCGUGCAUUUUUCGAAUUUUUUCCUUCAAAAGUUGCCAAUAUCUCCAGCUAUGAGACGAUUUUUCAAACUUAGAACAAUUAGACAGAAGAAGAGAUUCGUAGUAGUCUUUACAAGCACCUGUCUAUGUAUAUAUUUUAGCAAACCAAUCUAUGAUAUCAUCAUUUGUCCGGUGUACGAGCUGUACAAAAGCUUCCAGCCAAAAAAUGAAGCUAUUGCCCAAGGAGAGGGAGGUGCUGUAAGUGGUGACAAAGCAAAGGCAUCGAAGACGCUGGUAGAAUCCGUUCUGCAGGAGAAAAUAACAGCAGCAACGAUUAGCAAUGGCACCAAGAAAACAGAGUAAAGACAUCAAGAAUGGGAAGGGGGCAAAGUCUGGGAGGAAAGGGGUGCAGAAAGGGGCAAAGGUUUCAAAAGCAAAAGGAAGACAAGCUAAAGAUCCCAAGGAAGCAAUUAAAUGGUCAAAGGGUCAAAAAUUAAAAGGGACGAGUGGUGCAGGGAGGGUUGUGAAAGGAGAUAUGAGUCAGGAGACUGGGAAGAAAAAAGGAAAGCAAGGCCAAGGUGUGAAAGCUUCGACAUCAAAGGGUAGAAGACGAAUUGUAAUGCAGGGCAAGGGUGUUAACGGAAAGUGUUCAACAAGUACAAACACUGUAAAAGUGAACAACGAAAUAAAGACGAGGAGUGUGACUAAAAAUCAGACAGGGAAGAAUGUGAAAACUGACAAGAAGCCACAUAUUAGACGAGGUGCUGUAAAACGGAAAAGGUCAACACAAGAUGAUGUGAAACCUAAGAAGAGGGUUAAAGAGAGUCAUGAGGAGCCCAUUAUUGAAUUGCAGGAAGCCCGGGAACUGUCUCCGAUUGAAAGGUUGUCCCUGGAGGUGCUGUGUAAAAUCAUUCAGUUCUUGCCCCUGAGAGACGCACUGAAAUUGCAGUGUUUAUCUCGGACACUUCGUGAGGCAGUUCGGCUACAUCUUCGGAUAUGUAGGAGUAUAAACUUCACUGAGGGCGAGGUCUGUGGUUACAUGUCAAGUAAAAUCAGUGACAAAAUCUUUGGCAGCCUGGUUCACAGGUGUCCAGAUCUCAUGAACAUUUAUGGACUCCACCCCAGUCACUUAUGUAAACCCCAUUGUAAAGACCAUGCUAAACUCACUGACUGUUUCACAAUCAAGGGUAUGAUGCUGAUUUUGAAGAACUGCCAGAAGUUGAAGGGAAUUGAGACGAGUCACGUACACUUACUAGAAGCAAUCCUACUCAAACUUCCCCAUAUAAAGAUUCUCGGCCUAUUCAAAAAUCGUGGUGGGACAUUCCCAGCACCACCGACACAAUCAUUUUGCUUGAGACAAAAUCCACCUAUCACAAAACUUAAUCUAACGGGAGUGAUUCUGCCAGAACUACCCAGGAUGGACUAUGUGAUCUAUUUGGCAUUGAAGUGGGUGAAAUUUACAAAUUUGAAUCCAUUCCGUGAGUUCAUGGCUCCGAGGUUGCAUACGUUUGUCAUGAACAACUGCUCUGGUCCGACAAAUGCUCUGAAGUAUGUUCCACUGGUGACAAGGUUGGCUGCUGCAUCGAAUCUUACCAGGCUGGAGUUGGUACGAGUGCCAUUCUUAGGUGCAUUUUUCCAGCAUGUGGUGGAAGACACCUGGAGACUUGGUGGAUUCAGGCAGUUGAAGAAAAUACUCAUCAGUGCGUGUAAACAUGCCACUGAAAUAGACAUGGGACACUUACUGCUCACUGCUGCUGAAAGUAUAAGUGAAGUAUACAUCCAACCUUCCCUUACAAAGGACAGUCUAUUUCUUGCUCUAUCGAUGGCUGAACCUGACUUCCCAAAGAUUGACACCAUCAGCCUGGGAUAUGUUGAUCCCUUUCCUGUAGAGAAAGGAAAAUGGGAACCAUUACAGCUCGCUCUCGCUGGAUUGGCUGAUGCAGGAUCAUCAGAACACGCGGCCCUCAUUACCGAUGUUGGCAUUCAACAUGUCGGCAAGGAUUUCUCGUUCGUCAAGAAUCUGAAUGCAUAUAACUGCCCUCAUCUGAUCAAUCCCAGGGACUGGUUGUCUCCAGAUGGGAUGUGCUUUGCUCAACUUCGCUCACUCCACCUAAAUCGCUGCCACGCCAUCAAGCUCCAAUCAUUCUGUGACAUGCUUGCCGAGCUGCCAGCAAUAGAGACAGUCUACCUAGAGAGGAUGUUCAGGGAACCCCCAAAGGGAUGCUCUAGAGUUGGUCUGAGUGCUGGUACAGGUCUUGGAGUUUCGUCUGCCUUCGUGGCUAACCAGGAGCCAGCCCCUGCUGCUGCUGCUGCAGCCGCACCUCCUGCUCCUGAAGGGAAUGCGGCCCCCGCACCUCAGGAGGGUCCGAUGAACCAAGGCAACAGUGCAGAGGGAGGCAACCCUGUAAACGAUGACGGAAAUCCUGCUCAAAAGGCAAAUCUGAGAGGUGCUGGGAACUCUGAGAAGUCUGGUUCAGUUUCUAAAGCAUCUGGGCCGUCUGGUGCUAGUUCGGUGAAAUCUGGAACUGGAGUUGGAAAAUCUUGCAUGAACUGUGGAAAAUUCUACCCAGACUAUGACAAAUCUGGUUCAGAUCACAACAAAUCUGACUUGGACGGUUCAAUAUCUGAUGUUAAUGAUAGUGUGAAUACAGGAGCUGAGACUGGGUCAAAAGAUGGAAAGGGUGCAGAGAGCGGAGCUUCUGCUACUACCAUUGGAACUCCAUUGAAUAAAGAGAGUGAUCAGGUUGACAAGAGAGAGAAUGAUGAAAAUGUUGCGGCUAAGCUGCAACACCCGGAUGGCAUUGAGGCUGCAGUUGUGGAUGUGAAACAGUCAGUUGGUCAAGCAGAUGAAAGCAACAAGGACAAAAAUGUUGAAUUAUCGGAAAAUCAUCUAUGUGACCAAAAAGUUCCUGAUGAUGUUGGCAGUACUUGUGUGAAGUCUGGUGUGGUAGAUGAUGACAAGGAUGCUGCGACAGAUGACACGAGUUCUUAUCCCGGUAAGGGAAAGAGGCCUGUAGGGCGUAAGGCUUUCUUUAAGAAGAGGGCUAAGUCUAGUGUGGUGCCUGGUACUAGUUGUGUUGCAGAUGGCAAAGACAUUGGUAAUGGUAAUAGAGGGCAAGAGAAUGGAAAUGAAUUGGAUGGUAAUCGAAGUCAUCCUGUUUGCUCUAAUGGCGAGGGUUCUAGAAUGGUUGGCGAGAACAUUGCAAGUGCUGCUGAUAAGAGUCCGACACCUAUCAAGUCAGUCACAGGUGGAGAAAAAGAGGGGACAGAUAGCCAUGAUAUGGAAUGCAACAUUCAGGAACCUGGUGUAGGGAUUUAUGUAACUGAGAAUGGUAAGGGAAGCCCGAAUAAAGAAUCUGAUGCCGGAUCUGUUGAUCAAGUUGAUUGUGUUGGAUGUGGGUCAGGGGCAAAUUCUCAUAGGAACGAAGACAAAGAAGCUGCCCACAAGGAGCCUCAAGACCAAGACACCACAACUAAUGGGGUUACUGGUCAUAGACAGCAGGAUGUGGAACCAGGAACUCAAGACAUAAGUUGGAUACCUGGUGGAUCUGAAGGACCAGGGGAGGCAGGCUGUACUGGUGGUACAGAUAACACAAACAGUGUUUCUCUUCCUUCAAAGGAUGACAAAGAUAGUGCAGUGGACUCUCAGGAAGUUUGGGACGUUAUUUUGCAGAAUUCUGCCAAGAGGACAGUGGGUUCGGCUACACAGGCAACAUUGAUGACACCUAUGGAUGUUGAUGAUGACUUGCCUGUGGUAAGGCCAUACGAGAUGCAGUCUUCUAAGAAAGAGCCAACAGGCCUGAGUUGUGGGAAGCAAGAAUCAGGAGAAAUGGGAAAAGUCUCUCAUGAUACACAGAAAUCUUGUUCUUCAAGUUCAGAUAUGCCAUUUAGUACUCCCAAAACAGCACUACCUGGUUCUGCUACUGAGACGUGUGCUUCAUCUGGGUCUGGUGUUCCUCCCAGUGUGGCCUCAUCUCCCAAAGACAAUAACCUUCUGGCUGAUGAUCCAAGCAUGUCGCCUGAAAUGCUGAAGAUGGCCUCUGACAAUACAACUGCCAAAAAUGAAAAAACAGGAUCAAAAGCAGAAAAAUCAGGAUCUAAAAAUGAAACAGUAGGAUCUAAGAUUGAGAGCUCGAAAUGUCCUGUUGUACAUGAGCAUUUUCUAGAACCUCCUGCUUCCCCAGAACCAGUCGAAGCACGGAAAACUGUCGGUACCCAGACGACAUACAAUGAUGCAGGCGACCUUCACGCAGGACCGUCUGCAGAAUAUGCCCCACCUGGAGAACCUGGUCCCCCAGUUCAAGGUGCAGCAGAGUCGCCUCCACGGCGACGGGAUAUUCCAGUGUUCAGAUGUCUCUCUGAUGUUGAUGAUGAAGAACUUGAGGAAGAUGCACCCCAGGUCCUCACCGUCAAGUCACGGACGCUGGUCAGUCUGACUCUCCACAUGGUGGGCAUCACAGAUCUCGUCAUCGUAGACUCGCCACAGGUCAAGGUCCUUCAUGGUACUGCUUGCCGGGUUCUGAAGAAUGUCCGACUGAACAACACACCUAAACUGAUCCGUGUAACAUUUGCUCAAUGCUCCAAGCUGAACCACAUGAGUGUGAUACGAGACGUGACCCGGCUACCUGCCACCAGCGAUCGAUUUGUGUUCCUGCGACCUAUGUCGAAGUUUGAUCCCAAGUGUAUCGGUGAGGAACUGUUCCGUGUCAGUAAUGGUUACCAUGGUUGUUUGAUCCAAGAUCACAGUCUGGACCCCGGCACCACUCAGAUACAGAAAGCAAGAUUCAUUGAGAAAAUCAAACUCAUUUCCUCAAUCAGCUUCCAUAUCCUCAGAUUGGACAAGUACCCAGUAUUCAAGAAAACGCCAUCAUCUGAACCACCUUGGGGAAGAAAUCUACACAACUUGACUGGUACCUCUCCAGAUGACAGUCCAUGGGAAGCCAUGACAGAUAUACCAUGGCUCCCCCACUUGGAGAAUCUAAACACUAAAGAAGAGGACAAAGAUGCCGUGGAUAUAAUUGAAGAAAAGCUUGGGCUUCAUAAACUCUAUACGAUGGAACACAUCUGGCCCUUCGGGUGCUUCGAGGGUCUUGCCGAGGCUAUAGGGCAUGCAGAGGCAGCAGAGUCGGCCCUUUUCCCACGUACGAUUGGAGUAUAUAUCAACACUUGCGACGUUAGUGGCAUUCCCACUCCAGAUGAUUAUGUUUGAGUGAGGUCUGUCGGGACGUUAGAUUGUAUCCUCUCCAGUGUGGACUCUUGAAUAAAUCUUACCUGGAAUCCCAGAAUUUGUGGAUAAUUUGAAAAUCAAAGUGUCUGAGGAACAUUCUUGGAUAUAACCUGGACUUUGUGGAAUACACAUCCAUUGACUUAAAAGGGGACUGUUUGUAGGAGCAGGGGGCAUAAUUGAUGGUUUUUGUGAUUCGUGUCAGUUUUCCUUUAUUAUUGGUAAAGUAAUCUGCCAUCAAUUCGGAAGUGAGGGCGAUUGGGUCUGGAGUUGUCAACUUGGAUAGUGUCUUUUGAACAAGCAUUGGACAAAGACGACCACCCAAUGUAUAAUUUUGGAUAGAAGUCUAUCAAAUGUUGUUUUGUCAACUUUGUAAUUAACAGUCUUGUUGAGGCAGUUAGUGAUUGGCAAAUAUAAUGUUGUCCCGUGUUGUUGUAUUUGAAUUUCGAUGCACAGUUAUUUCUUGUUAAUUCACAGGUAGCCUUUCUGCUUCAGGUUAUGAUGUGGGAUUUGAUACUUCAAAAAUCAUGUUUGUUUCUUCUUUCAUUGGUUAGAUUAAUACCAAAUUUCAGAGUGGUUUAAGUUGUAUAAGUCAGGGGUUAGUAUUGUAGUUAAAACUUUCGUGAGACUUUGUUUUGUUUCGAAACUGUUAAACAAUGUUUAAGUUUUGUUUUUAGAAUUCUUAUAAAUUCCAACCUUUUUCUGUGAACAAUGUAUUGUCCAAGAUGUUGUGCAGAUAUUCCAAUGUAGCAUAGAGAAUGUCUCUUAGAUUGAAACUCAAGAGUUAAUGGGAACGAAUACAUGUUGUAAAACUGUGGAAACAAGCAAAUAAUCUCAAACUAGGGCUGCUUUUGGUUAGGAUUAGGUCAUAGCAGCUACCCUUUGAAAUUGCGGUUGGUCGCAGAAUGGUGAUUACUGUUUUGGGUCAAGGAUAUUUAUUAUCAGGAUGCGCAUUUUGGCGAGUUAAAUUCAAAUAAUGGGAAAAGUGGUAAGACUUUUGGUCGAAUCCUUUCCUUGUGAUUUUGUUCUUUCCUUGUUAAAGUUCAAAUAGAAGCUGUUCCUUAACAUCUUCCGAAGCACUCUGAGAUGUCAACGUUCUCUGAAGCACUUUGGGAGGUUGAAGUGCUUACAUUAGGAUUAGAAAAGCACAAGCUUAAUGAAAACUAUAACAUUUUAAAAAUCAUGCCUUUCUCAGUCUCUGCUCUCAACAGACAGUGUUGUAAGUGUUUUUAAUGUGCCUAGGUUAGACAGGUGUGUUGUCUUGUAAAAUAAAUGAUGAAUGAAUGGUGUACAAGAAAAUUGUGGUCUUGUUUUGUUUUUUCUCGUGUUUCCCAAA